CGACUGUAGAAACCCCCGCUGACUACAGAAGAAGCGGUCGCGAGUACCGAGUAACCAAAAACCCCUCCCCUUCCUCUCUCUCCGUUCGGACAACAAAGCAGAACGCCGGGCUCGAAGAUGCCGGAAACCAAAGCCGAAACCGCGAGCAAGAACGCGAAGAAGGCGAAUCUCCUGGAUCAGCACUCCAUCAAGCACAUUCUCGACGAGUCCGCCUCCGAGAUCGUCAAGGGCCGCGGGUACGUGGAGGACGUGCGGAUGAGCAACGUGAGGCUGUUGAUGGGGGCGGUCAUCAUCGUCAUCGCGCUCUUCGCUCAGUUCUACAAGAAGAAGUUCCCCGAGAACCGGGACUUCUUGAUCGGCUGCAUCGGAUUGUAUAUAGUUUUCAAUGGCAUACUGCAGCUGCUCAUAUACACCAAGGAGAAGAAUGCCAUUAUGUUCACCUAUGCACCUGUGGGCUCCUUUAACAGCACUGGACUAGUGGUGUCUUCAAAACUACCAAGAUUCUCGGACUUGUACACACUUACCAUAGCGAGUGCAGACCCGAAGUCAAUUUCAGCAAACAAGCCAGUGGAAUUAACUAAGAGCGUCACUCAGUGGUUCACCAAGGACGGGUUUCUGGUGGAGGGUCUCUUCUGGAAAGACGUUGAAGCUCUAAUAACCGAGUACAACCAAGAGCCAAAGAAGAGCAAAUGAUUUGUAGGCCUGUAGCUUAUCACCUACUUCAACAGGAGAUAAACUUAGACAGGAAUUUGGUUACUUGAUUACCCUGAGUCGAACCCAAAUGUUGUCACUUAACAGAAUGAUUUUGACUUCUGAAUUUUUUGGAUCAAAUUGAAGAAGAUUUCAACUUUUCAA